GAGUGCAUGGUGAGAACUAACACACACAGGGUUCACUGAAUCCCAGCCUGUCUAUGCAGAUACUACAAUGAGUAGGUGCAUACCAUCAUCAACCACCUUUAUACUGUUUGUCUUUUCUCAAAAUCAGGAUGAGAAAAAUCAAAUGAUGAUCACCAAUGUCUGGGUGAAACAAGAGUGGAAUGACUACAAGCUCUGCUGGAAUCCAAAGGAAUAUGAGAAUGUCACCUCCAUGCACAUCCCAUCCCAGCUAAUCUGGAGACCAGAUAUAGUUCUUUACAACAAUGCAGAUGGUGAUUUCUCCGUGACCCACCUGACCAAGGCCCACCUGUUCCACGACGGACGCAUCAAGUGGGUUCCCCCGGCCAUCUACAAGUCCUCCUGCAGCAUCGACGUCACCUUCUUCCCUUUCGACCAGCAGAACUGCACCAUGAAGUUUGGCUCGUGGACCUACGACCGCACCAAGAUCGACCUAAUCAGCAUGGCGGGCAAUGUGGAUCAGAUGGACUACUGGGAAAGCGGCGAGUGGGUGCUGGUGGACGCCGUGGGCAACUACAACAUCAAGAAGUACGAGUGCUGCCACGAGGUCUACUCUGACAUCACCUAUUCCUUCAUCAUCCGGAGGCUACCGCUGUUCUACACCAUUAAUCUGAUAGUGCCCUGUCUGCUGAUCUCCUGUUUGACUGUCCUGGUGUUCUAUCUGCCCUCUGACUGUGGAGAGAAGAUCACCCUGUGUAUCUCUGUGUUGCUGUCUCUCACUGUCUUCCUCUUGCUUAUUACCGAGAUCAUCCCAUCCACCUCGCUGGUCAUCUCUCUCAUCGGGGAGUACCUCCUCUUCACCAUGAUCUUCGUCACCCUUUCCAUCAGCAUCACCAUCUUCGUGCUCAACGUGCACCACCGCUCGCCGCGCACAGACACCAUGCCCCGCUGGGUGCGCCGCGUCUUCCUGGACAUCGUCCCCGGCUUCCUGUUCAUCCGGCGGCCUGCCGUGGUCAAGGACAACAGCAAGAGGCUGGCGGAGGCCAUGCAAAAGAGGGCUACGCUAUGGGGUGAGCUGGAGGCUGAGCUGGAGGCCAGCUUCCCACCCACCUCCCCCCUGGAGGUCCAGGAGAUCCUGGCCCGCUCCCCUUCUCUCUCCAUGGGCCGACCCGUAGAGGGUUCCCUGCCCCCCAAGCUUCCCCAGCAACAGCAGCAGCCCCUGGACAGGUCCUCCAGCCAGUACUCCAUCCUCCCGGAGGAGCCGACCACCUCGUCCCAGCCAGGCUGCUCUCCUCUGUUCCUCCACCCUCUCUUCCCGCCCAGGGACAAGCACCAUGUGGCCAGGCCCAAGAUGCGCUCCCUCAGCUUACAGUACGGCCUGGGUGAGAGUGAGCAGCCCCAGACCAGCGUCCGCUGUCGCUCGCGCAGCAUCCAGUACUGCUGCCUGCAUGAGGAGGUCUCCUCCAUGGGUAACGGCAGGCAGCGGCCUCUCUCACAGCACCCGUCCCUGAUGGAGGAGAGGAAGCAGAGCUGCUCAGCUGCCUGCAAGUAUCACUCAGGCCUGGCCAAGGAAGCCAAAGCAAUGACCAAGGACCAGCGGCUCCUCGUCUUAUCCCCGUCCAUGAAGAUGGCCAUGGAAGGUGUGCAGUACAUCGCAGACCACCUCCGUUUGGAGGAUAUCGACUUCUCUGUAAAGCAGGAGUGGAAGUACGUGGCUAUGGUCCUAGACCGGAUCUUUCUGUGGUUGUUCAUCUUGGUGUGUCUCCUGGGGACCCUCGGACUCUUCGUCCCGCCCUGGCUGGCUGGAAUGAUAGACCUAUCUGUCUGACAACAAACACUUCUGAAGCCAUUGCCCCUAUGCACACUCAAGUUGUACAACUGAUGAACAACUCACUUGCCACAAUUUUUUUUCUGCACAACAUUAAUUACACAAGCAUUGUGGAGACACUGCACAAUGAUUGUGUAAACAUUUGUGUGCAGAAAAUAUCAGUUGUAUGACAACCAUUGUGUCAAAUGCAUUGUAUAUCAGUUGUGCAGACCUGAGUGUGAACAGGGCCAUGGAGGAUGUGACCAAUAGACAGGAAACCUUCUCAUUAAUUAAUUAAUUGUGAAAAGCCAUUUGUAGAUAAAAAGUGACACAAUUGUUUUGGCAAUGCUUUAUUUUCCAGAAGCCAGCAGAUGAAGCCAAAGGUCUAUAAUGUGAAGGACUGAGAAGUUAUAUUGGGAUUGUGGAAACAUAGCUGUAACUGCCAAAAUAAUGAAAACAAUUGAGAAAAUGUGGUAUACAAAGUAUAUUGAAAGCAGGUGCUUCCAUACAGGUGUGGUUCCUGAGUUAAUUAAGCAAAUAAAUAUGUAUAUGUAUAAAAAUGUAUAAAAAUGCUGGG